AUGGGGCUCCGAGACAUGCUCAGGAGGAAGGAUGACGACGACGAGGAGCCGCACCGGCAGAAAGGAAACACCAACAACCUAGACACGCCAGACUUCGUCUUCAUCCGCUCCGACACCACCACCCAGGAGUACAUCCAGCCCCCUCACCACCCCCGCGACCAUGACCACCUCGCGGCGGCCAAGGAGCCCAGCCUCGCCCGGCGCAGCCUGGACGUCUUCCGCCCGCGAAGUCGGUCCCGAAGCGGCUCCGCAGCCUCAUCGUCCCAAGCUGCUGCCGCC